CCGACAACAACUGAAGCAACAAUGACACCUGCUCCAACAACUGAGGCAACAACGACACCUGCUCCAACAACUAAAGGAACCACCACCAUGAUGAUGUUCAGAUCUGUUCAAAGCACAUUUACAAGUGACUUGAACAAUCAAUCAUCUGCAGCAUUUAGAGAUCGAGUUUCAAUGAUAAAGACACAGCUUGAACCUGUGUUCCACACGGCUUUCCCUUCCUCCUUCUUGUCCUUGGACGUGGUGUCAUUCAGAAAUGGAUCAGUCAUCAAUGACGUGAACCUUCUCUUUGCAAGCACAUCUGUUCCUAAUAAUUUUGAGAUUGGGAGGGUUUUUGUCAAUGAUAGUUUAAACUUCACUGGCUUCGACAUUGAAAGGAGCUCAAUCAAAGUGAAUGGCACCCUAUAUUCUGAUCUACCUGCUCCCACAUCUGAGGCAACAACGACACCUGCUCCAACAACUGAGGCAACAACGACACCUGCUCCAACAACUGAGUCAACAACGACACCUGCUCCAACAACUGAGCUGCAUGGCCUCCACCAGGUGAUGGACCAGAGGUGUGGAGGCUGUACGGUGAUGGGCUGGGUGUAUGGCCUCCACCAG